AUGGGCUAUCCAUCCACAAACCUACAAGGAACCAUGACAUCUGUUUACAAUAUUGGAUGUUUCGUUGGUGCCAUGUCAACUGUAUGGACCGGAGACUAUUUUGGCAGACCCCGUCAGAUAAUAGUAGGCAGCACUAUCAUUGCUAUCGGUGGUAUCAUCCAAGCUUCUGCCUAUGGCGUGCCUCAGAUGAUGGUUGGAAGAGUAGUGGCUGGUUUAGGCACUGGAAUGAACACCUCAACGGCUGGGGUAUGGCAGUCUGAGACUAGUAAAAUGAACAGCAGAGGGAAGCUUGUUAUUAUUCAAAUGGCAAACUGUAUAAUGGGAUUUUCUGCUUCAAACUGGUUAACGCUUGGUUUCUCUUUUGCUAAAGGGAGCGUUGCAUGGAGAUUUCCACUAGCAUUUCAGGUGUUUUUUACUCUUUGCAUAUACGCCAUGUGCCCUUUUCUACCAGACUCUCCCCGUCUACUCAUCCGCAAGGGGCAGUACGGUGAAGCACUAGAGGUGCUAGCUGCACUGGAAGGUAACGGAGCAACGUCCACUUCUCAUUCUGUCAAAACCCAAUUCAACGUCAUCAAAGAUGUGCUAGAUCGGGAGAAUCUGAACUCUUAUACAUGGUUUAAACUGCUUAUGGGAAAAGGCGAGUCUUCCAAAGUUCCCUCGGGAUACUACAUGUCCUAUGUCUUCAUACAUGCCCUCAAUCUCUCGCCGCUUCUUUCUCGCAUACUCGCAGCAGCUGGGAGCGUUGACUAUCUGGUUUUUUCCUGCCUUGCCUACUUCGUGAUCGAGCGUUAUGGGCGCCGGAAAGUGAUGAUGUCGUCCUCCCUGGCCUGCUCUAUAUGUUUCAUAGCCAUCACUAUCUCCCUGUCCCUAUCAGAAAACGGGCAUGGAGAUAAGUACAAACUUGGAAUAGUGGCUGUGUCGUUCUUCUUUGCUUUCUUUGCAAGCUUCGGUAUGGGAGUACUUGGUGUCCCAUGGUUAUACCCAACGGAGAUAAAUGCCCUGGAAAUGAGGACUAAAGGGGCGUCUCUGGCUAUGGCUACAAACUGGAUUAUGAUCACCCUCCCUGGCAUUGAAAAUCUAGGUUGGAGAUUCUGGAUUAUAUGGGCAGUGAUAUGCUUUUCAUUCAUCCCGAUCACGUACCUUUUUUAUCCAGAGACAGCAAAUCGAACUCUGGAAGAUAUUGAUCGGUAUUUCGAGGCGAAUAGGGGUAUAAUUGUUGCAUUUAAUAAAACUGCCACCCAACUCAGUCGCCCUGAUGAAUAUAUUCGUAUGGAUGAAGAGAUCUCACAGAGAGAGACAGUAGAGAAAUCAAGUGCCUCUACUAGCAUGCGAAACACACAAUCCGAAGAAAAGAUUAGUCAAGCGUAG